AUGGAGCCGCUCCAGGUGGGGCAGGGCCUGAGGGUGGGCAUCGGGGGUUCUAAGGUGUCUGGGGUUCCUGGGGAAAUCAAAGUGGCGGGCACUGACCUUUCCCAGGGGUUGCUACUGUGGCUGCUGCUGAGCGUGGGUGGGGUGUGGGCAUCCAGGGGGCCACUGCGGCCACUGUGCAGGCCCAUCAACGCCACCCUGGCGGCAGAGAACGAGGCCUGCCCGGUCUGCAUCACCUUCACCACCAGCAUCUGCGCUGGCUACUGCUCCAGCAAGAUGCGGGUGCUGCGGGCCGCCCUGCCGCCCAUGCCCCAGCCGGUGUGCACCUACCAAGAGCUGCGCUUCGCCUCCAUCAGACUCCCCAACUGCCCACCUGGCGUGGACCCCACGGUCUCCUUCCCUGUGGCCCUCAGCUGUCACUGUGGACCCUGCCGCCUCAGCAGCUCCGACUGCGGGGGCCCCAGGGCCCAGCCCCUGGCCUGUGAACAGCCCCCUCUCCCGGGCCUGCUCUUCCUCUGAGGCCACCACCCACGGCUGCCCCGACUGCUGGGGGUGGCUGCUCCCCGCCUCCCCUCCAA